AUGUUGCUCUUUGAAUUGGCUUACAUGGCACAUCCUAAUCAAUUUUUCUGCCCGACGUGCCCUUAUAUAUGUAGAGUAGAGAACAAGAUAAAACAACAUAUGCCCCUAGUUAGGAAACCGAUGGAACCCAUUUUCUCGGAAGAUGACCAGAAAGUUAUCAACAAAACUUCAGGGGUGUCCUGCCCUGCCUGUGGUCAUGGGGAAGCUUCUUUUAUCGAAGUUCAGACCAGCGCCCCCGAUGGAAGUGGGCAUCUAAGGAAAGGGAUGAUGGCAUCGCCCGGCACCGACCAGCGCUCCCAGCGAUCCCGUGUGCGCUCGCAUGCCCCCAGCGUCCCACUGCCUGCGCGCACACACGUAGAACGCCCCAAUGCUCCCGGCGCACCAGCUAACAAGAUCAAGCGCGAGCCGCACCACCCAGCAGCAUACCUGGUGCAGUUGUGUGCCGAAAAGACUCGAGACCUAGCCGUGAACCCUUGGCGACCCGUUUACCAAUUUCAGCCCUCCAAGCCUUAUAUUAUCUUUUAA